AUGGAGAGGGGCGGGGCGACGCGAGGCAGCGCGAGUAGACUGGACUGGGCGGGGCGGGGCCCGGGCGGUCACGUGAGCGCCUACGCUUCAUCACUCAAAUGUCCCGUGGCCGUGAGUUCUUAGGUCAAGGGCAAAAGCUGCCUGGCAGCAGGCUUGAUGCAGCACCAAGUGGCCAUCGUCACCGGCGGGGGUACGGGCAUCGGAAAGGCCAUCGCGACCGAGCUCCUGCAUCUAGGGUGUAAUGUGAUCAUUGCAUCCUGUGAGUCUGAUAGAUUAAAAUCUGCCACAGAUGAACUGAAAGCCAGACUGCCUCCUACCAGCCAGGCUCAAGUCACUCCCAUAAAAUGCAACAUCUGCAAUGAAGAGGAGGCAAAUAAUUUAGUCAAAGCCACCUUAGACUUUUAUGGUCAGAUCAGUUUAUUGGUAAACAAUGGAGGAGGCCAGUUCUUCUCUCCUUCUGAACACAUCAGUUCAAAGGGGUGGAAUGCUGUGAUUGAAACCAACCUGACGGGUGCCUUCUACAUGUGCAAAGCAGGCAAGUGUGAUCAAUCAUCCAAGAAGUCCAAGUGUCUUUAUCUGGGCGUUACUCCAGAAGGGCCCCUCCUAGCAUUGGUGGCAAGCAAGGAAACCUGUCCCGUAAAUCCACCCCAGACUGUGGCCACAUUCGAUGGUGAUGAGGUUGCUCAGGUAGUUCUGGCAGAUGGAACGCAUAGUGGAGCUGCCAGAGAAGGUGUUUACAACCUCACCAAAUCCUUAGCUGUGGAAUGGGCCAGCGGUGGAAUAAGGAUCAAUUGUGUUGCCCCUGGAAUCAUUUAUUCCCAGACUGCUUUUAACAACUAUGGUCAUUUGGCAAAAGACUUAUUUGAAGGGUAUUUUCAGCAAAUCCCAGCUAAAAGACUUGGAGUUCUUGAGGAGGUCUCCACCUUGGUACGCUUCCUGCUAUCUCCUGCAGCUUCCUGUAUCGCCGGACAGUUGGUGGAUGUGGGGGGUCAGUCUCUGUACACACACUCAUUUGAGAUACCAGAUCAUGACAACUGGCCCGAGGGAGUAGGGGACCUUGCUUUUGUCAAAAGGAUGAAAGAGUCUUCUAAGCAAAGAGGCAAGCUCUAG